CAGUCCAGCCGGAGCUGGGCCAGCAGGCAUCCCUGCCCGGCUCUAGGCUGCUCUUUGCUGCAAGGUUCUCCCUGUGUUUACGUUGGUAAUUUACGCUAAUUGCAGGGGGUUUAUUGACCAACUAGGAGAGGUUCUUCCUGUCUCUUCUGGAGAAAAGUUGAAUGCAAACAGAGCAGAGAUCUGGGCAUCUUUCCAGCAAAGUAGGGGGGAUGGAGGGGAGUCAGCAUUGAGAUUUUUAUGGUGGGAACCACCUGAUCUGGGCAAACACCAAUGCUGGUGAGCACUGGGCUAUAAAGGGCAGCUCUUCUCUCCUGGCAGCCCACAAGAAGCCAUUAUUCCCCCCGAUCUCCAGAGACCAGGGGAUGCUUCCAGGAGCAAGGAGCAUGGUGGCAGCAACCAGACUUUUCCUCCUGCUGCUGGGCUGUGUGGGGCUCCUGCAGCCGGCUGGUGCCCGGUACAUAGACUACUGCCCCAAGGGCUGGUACUAUUACAAGCUCAGCUGCUUCAAGUAUUUCAGUCAGCUCCAGAGCUGGGAUGAGGCCGAGAGGCAGUGCCGGGCCAGCUAUGCUGGUGCUCACCUGGCCUGGGUGGAGGAGCCCCAGGAAGCAGCCACCCUGCAGAGGGUCAUCUCCUACUACCAGCGUGUGCAGCCCGUCUGGCUCGGCCUCCGCUAUGGGCAGCAGAGCCAGGCCUGGCAGUGGGCGAGUGGGGACAAGUACAGCAUCACCAGUGGGCUGCCUGGGAACGGUGCCCUUGGGGGGACCUGUGGCAUGCUGACCCACCUCAGCGGCUUCACCCUGUGGUCCAGCACUGACUGUGCCCAGCAGCAUCACUACAUCUGCAAGUUCACACCCUUGCACUGAGGACAGCGCCUGGGCCCAUGGUGGGCCCCACAUUGGCUCCUCCUGUCACCUCUGCUCCUCUCCCCCAACUCCUAAAAAUACAAAAAUAAAAAAGGAGCAUGCAAGUGCUGUG